AUGAAGCUGUUGAACAGCGGACAUUACGAUGAGGCCGUCCGGCGGUUCAAGCAAGCCUUGAUGCAUAAGCCGACGAGCGUUCAGAUCCUGAACAACAUAGGCUUGGUCUACGCAAAGUGUCAGGAUUAUGCUGGUGCCUACGAGUGGUACGAGAAGGCUCACAGACAAGAUCCCAAAGAUGUUGAAACCUUGUUUUCCUGCGCAUGGGUGGAAAGAAAGCGACAGAAGUAUCAGCAUGCAAGGGAGCUCUUCAUGCAAGUCUUGGAGCUUGAGCCUAACCACAGCAAGGCUUUGUGGCUGCUGGGUGAUAUCCUGAAGACUUCGAAAGAUUACACAGGUGCUAUUCAACAUCUUGAGACACUUAUGAGGAUUCAGCCUCGUGGCCCUGACGGGCAUAUCUCUCUAGCUCAGUGCUAUGAGUCGACCAAGCAGUAUCCCAAAGCUGUGCAGAUUUACAAGAACAUCCUCAAAUCUUUAUGCCCAGGUCGUGUUGAUGUGCACUUUGCGUUGGGCAAGGUUUAUUUUCUCAUGAAGCAGUAUCGCCAGGCCGUGAUCGAGUUUGACCGGGUGCCGGACGGUGAUUCCAGAGCUGUUGAGGCGCGGUCUUACGGCGCCAAAGCUUGCCGAGAGCUUGAGGAUCAUGAGCGAGCCAUCAGCCUUGCGGAGUCCGCUGCGCAAUGUCAUCCGCGCCCAGAAGUGAUGAUGCAUUUUUUCGGGGAGGAGUACGCCCGCGUUGGGGAGCCGCAGACACAGAAGGCUGCUCAGUGCUUCACACAAGGGCUGGAGCUAGAGCCAAAAGAUCUCCCUUCAUUGAUGGAGUCGGGGCAGCGUGCGCUGGACAGGACAGACUUGAAUGCAAAUCGGUGCAAACUACGGAAGGAUGAAUCCUGCAGGCUUCGAGACUCUGCACGUGGAUGCCUGGUACCUGUGGACGGAAGCUCUUGCACGAGCACGUCGAGCUCGGAGUCGGAGGCUGCAAGCCGUUCUUCCACAACGAGCAGGGGCUCUCCUGAUGCGAUUCCAAGGACGGCAGACAUCCACGGCGACGACUUGAGUCCAGCAGCGCUUGGCUUGCUCUGCUCACAGGAUGGGACUCGUAUUUCGCUCUGGGCGCUUUGUGGCGUGCCCAUCCACACCAGCAUCGGCUCAGGAGCAUUUGAUUACCAUUAUGGGACACAAGACAUCAUGACACGCCGCCGUGGGCGACACGAGGUGUUCUCAUUAAUUUACGAGUUCCAGAUCCCAGGGGAGCUGCCGCCAGAACUGCGAAAUGGAGCAGGAGUUCGGAUUUGA